AUGGUAUCAACACCAAACUCUACCAACUUCAUGAGCUCUAUAACCGCCCACGGGCGCUUCAAACAGCGCGCGGCUAUUGUUACUUUACGCUUUUGUUGUGAUCUCUCCUACCCAGAAAUCAGCUCCCAACUCUCUAUCAAUGAUAAGACGAUGCGAGAACCCCGACUCUUACCCAGCUCCUGCAGGUUGUACAACAAGAGAGCUCACUAUCAGCAGAAAGAUGUUUUGCGAUUUUACGACCUCAAACCAAUAGACGCUGUAUCGCAGGCUCUACGCAAACAUGAGAUAACGUUAAGCCCACCUACCAUCGAAAAUAUCAUGCUUAACCACCGAGGUGAGCGCCACCCCUACGCAAUCGUACGAGGCUCGCAACUACAGAAACCAGCUCUUAACGAGGAAGCUCUCUCUAAAAGACGUAACUAUUGCAAUUGGCUUAUACGAGAGGACAGCCUACACUCUCCACAUUUUUUUUUGUAUGCUAUGAUGAGACGUCUAAAUCUAUUGGAGGCACUAGGACCUGUUACAAACCACGUAUUUCUCGCCCUCGAGCCUCCUAAAUUUACAUUCAUGAUUUGCGCUGCUACCUCUACAGAUACCAACUGUAAGAUGGAUAGGCCUUGUAUCAUCUGGGAGGCGGAUACACCUGAGCAAUCGCAGGAUCUUCGGAUGAGAGUUACUACAGCCAACCAGAGGAGUAAAGAGCGUAUCAAAAACAAACAGCUACAAGCAACUAUACCAGACACUGCUGAGGAGCGCGCUCUCCGAGAAAUCAACUCCAACAUACAGCGAGAAAAUGUGGCAGCAGUAGCUCGCAAUCGAGAGACCGGUAAGAAGGGCCCUUCUCUCAGGAAGGGCACGCGCCAUCAACUCAAGCCUGAACAAUUCUUCAAACAGGAGGAGUUUCUAUACAAAGAAGUGAAAGGCAUAAGCGGGCUUUGGUACGCAGAGAGCAUCCUCAAGAAACACCUAUUCCCGUACUACAACUCCGUACGAGAGCACAACCCCGGCAAGCGCGUCUACUUAGUACAGGAUAAUGUACAUCUCCACAGCCUAGGCAUGCGUUACUGCGCUCCAGAGAUCGAAGCUCAGCAAAUACUCGUAGCUCCACACCCAACCAACUCACCCGAUCUGCAUCUAAUUGAGCUCUGUUUUGGUGAGUUAGGGCGCCGUUUAAAUGGCUUGAAGGUUCAAUCUAGUGGCAAGGAGGCGAAGGAGAUGGCUACAAGGUAUAUACAGGAGAUUUGGCAACAUGAUGAGGAGAUGCGACAGUUCAUGGCGGAUCACCUCCAUCCUACAGCCUGGAGGAUAAUUAGAGCUCAAUCUCGCAUUCAAUUUAAGCCAAAAAGCUUGCAAAACGCGUACUAUUUGACGACUUUAUCGCUAUUUGACGAUGUCGACUUCAGCUUUGAUGAUGGAAGCCCCACUUAUCACAUGAGCAAUUAA